AUGAAAUAUUCUUAUCUCAUAACAUUGGAUGUGGAUGGAGUGCUAAACAACUUUCUUAUGAAUAGCAGUAAACAUAAGGAUGAGAUCAGUAUUUUUUGGGAUAAAAAACCAUUAAGUCCCCAUGCUAUUCUUUUCAUUCCUGUUCUGGCACAUAAGUUGGUGCAAAUUCAAGCAAACAUUAUUUCCAAGUGCUUUCUUGAUAUUGAGAAGAACAUCAACGACAAACUCGCAGUAAAUGUUGCUGCUCUCAACGAGUUGCCACAGCAUUCGGGUUCUGUUGCUGAAGCUUUGGCUACAUUCAUGCGCAUUCAGAGUUUGGCUAUUGAGUCUCUGAAGAAAAUUUUUCUUGGAGUAGAGUCUAAUGAGUACAUUGGAGAUUUUGAAAAGCAAUGUGCUGAGAAAUGGUCUAAGUUGAUUGAUCUUGAAUUCAAACAAUUCUCUGCUGAGCUAAGUUCAACAUAUCCUGAUGAGAAGGUAGACAACUUGUUCAUGGAGUUCAUGUUUUUAGAUGAAGCACAAAAGACUGGAUCGCCCGAUUUCCUGGAUGUUUUGCAGAAGAAGCAUUUCAUUAAGAGGGCAGUGCAAAAUUUCAUUGCCAGGAGGAAGGAUAAAUCGGUUAAUGGGAUACGAGAAAUCCUUGGGAUGGAUAGGCUGACUGACAUCACUAGUAGUACUGAUUAUGUAGCUACUUACAGAAGUCUCAUCGCUCAAAAAAGGAAAUUUGUGAAGUACUGCCAAUAUUCCAAAGGAUCGAAAAUAAACAUCGAUGGAUUUGGAGUAAUAGAUGUUUGGUUUAUAAGGCGUCAGCCUAAAGAUCUUGUGCAGCAAGCUUUUGAAUUGAAGAUGACAAUGGCUGCAUACUGGAAAACUGUGUUCAGUCCUCAAAAGUUGGAUGACCAUGAGAUCGAGAUGGAAAUUGUGAAUGAUCGAAUGGCAACUUCGCAUGUGAGGUUCUUUGCAUACUGGAAAUUUACUUUGGGUCUUGAAAAGUUUGUUGAUGAGAUUAAUGAUGAGGUUGUUGGUGAUCUAAUAGCAUCCCAUGGUGGUGGACAUGAGAGUUCCCUGCAAGAAUCAUUGUCUGCUGAGAUGUGCUUUAGGCUCAAAAAGAGUGUGAAGUUGCUUGAAGAGUUAAAAGAGAUGGUGGUAAAGAUUAUGGAGUACAGUCUUGGUUCAUCAUGUUAG